CUGUGUCUGUCCGUGUCAGUGCAUGUCUGUGAGCGUCCAUGUGUCUGUCCGUGUCCGUGCGUGUUGGUGUGGUGGUGUUGCGGCACCAUCUCGUGGCCGUCGGGACAGAGCUCCACGGGCCCGGCAGAGCCGGGGGAGUACCCAGUGGGCACCUGGGUGCGUCCGACAUUGAUGUUGGAAAGGGGUAAGGCUGCUGAAAAUGUGCAGUAGUUCGUUUUCAGAUUUGCCAGGAAAAGUGCAAUGAAACCCAGCAAGCAGAAGCUGAGCUUUUGCAGGCGCAGGAAAACAGAAGAAGAUGUUUAAAUGCAAUCAGUGCAAUUACCCAUGGGGAAGCAAUGGAUAUCCUGUCAGUUUAAGUCUUUGCAUCAAAAAGAGCAUCUCACAAGAUGCCCUGCACCAGCCAGGAGCUCUGGGUGUCACCGUGGGAGGGUCUUUGGCUUGCGCUGGGGUGCAGCACACAACACCAGGGCCAGCAAGGUGUGGAGCUGUGGGGCUGAGCACAGAGCCCAGGUGUUGUCUUAUCUGUCCAGCCACAGAUGUUUCACUGUUUAUAAGCAUUAAAAAAUGGUUUCAGAACUGCUCUUUUAGCUGCAUAAGGCGAAUACUGAGGAACGAAACAGCUGUCUGUUGUGUCGAUGGGGGUGGUGUUUGUGAAACUGGUGAGUUACCCUGGUGGAGAUAUGAGACCACAGAGACCAUUGCCUGCAAAACAGGCUGGCCUGGAGAUCUUCAGGUUUCCCUGGAUGUUACGAGUCAAGUGGUGCCAGCAGAUAACGCCUGGGGAGUACGUGACUGCGUCCCCUCCAAGGGGUUUCUGCCGUGGCCCCCUGCACUGGGGACACAGCUCCUCUGUUGGCUCCCUGGCCGUCCCUUAUCUCCCCACACAGGCCUGUGUCCUGACCUCACAUGAAACCGAGCCCUGUGCCUGGGACGUGGAUAAAGGGCUGGCCAGGUGAUGAGACCCCCAUCCAGUGUCCUCACUCCUCACAUGGCAUGGCUCGCUCCGGUGGCUGAACUCGUUUGCAAGUGCUCAACCAGGAUGAUGUACUGGCAUUUCCUUUUCCUUCUCCUCCUCUCCUUCAAUCCCUAUAAAUGCCAAGAUCAAAUCCUGGGUGAAGAUCCAUAUGAAAUGCCCAAAGACCACCAGGAGGUCUACAGAGGCACAAAAAAUGAUGUCAAAGAGAUCCCAAAGAUUGCAAAACCCUUUGUUUCUGAGAUGAUCUUUGUGCAAACCAGCAUCACUGCUAUAAGGAAAGGUGCCUUCAGCUACAUGCCCAACCUGAUCAAGAUUUUGUUUAUUGGCAAUAAAAUCAAGACUGUUGAACCUGGAGCCUUUGAUAAUUUGGACAAGCUAAGGGACUUGGACAUCUCUGGUGCCUCUUUAGAAGAACUGUCUGUGGACACUUUCCAAAACCUCCCAAGUUUACAGAGGCUGGAGCUGAGAGACAGCCAGCUCAGAUCCAUCCCCAAAGGCCUGUUUGAUGGGCUGGAAAGUUUGAGAGAGCUCUCCCUGCACAUCAAUGCAAUCCCUUCUCUUCCAGAAGGCAUUUUUGAUUCUCUUGUCAAUCUAACUUUUUUGGACCUGUCUAGAAACAGGAUCACAACUCUUCCUGUGAAUGCCUUUAGCAAACUCACCCAGCUGCAGGUCCUCCGGCUGUAUGAGAAUGAAUUGCAGGACCUCCCAGAGGGACUGCUAGACAGUCAGCUGGAGCUGCUGGAGCUCAGCCUCCAGAGGAACAGGCUCAGGGCACUGCCACCUAUGCUUCUGAGGAGCCUGCCUCACCUGGAGAAACUCUUCUUGGACAACAACCUCAUCAGGGUUCUCCCACUUCAGGGCUUUUUUGGUUUAAACAAACUGAAGUUGCUGACUCUGGGUUCAAACCAUAUUAUGGAGCUCCCCUGCUGCCUUUUUGACACCAUGCCACACUUGCGGGAGCUGGAUCUGAGUAGGAACAGUUUGGCCACACUUCCAGAUGGCAUCUUUGUCAACCUCACAUCCCUUGGCAAACUCAUCUUGUCCCACAACCAGCUAUCAGCCCUGCCAAGAGGAGUCUUCACUGGGCUCAGCAAGCUCUUGGAUCUCCAGAUGGACACAAAUCAGCUCUCUGCUCUGGAUGAAGGGGUCUUUGCCUCUCUCCCAAAUCUGAAAACCCUGAACCUUCGAAAGAACCUGCUGGAGAGUGUUCCCCGUGGGCUCCUAGACCCCCUGAAGAAGCUCAGCUCAGUGUAUCUGAGUGGUAACCCAUGGAGAUGUGACUGCAACCUCUGGUACCUGCACUGCUGGAUCCUGGCCAACAGGGAGAAGGUCAAAUUGUCCACCCAAGUCUCCUGCAAGAGCCCACCCCACCUGGCAGGGCAAGCAGUAACAUUGCUGAGGGACGAACACCUGACUUGCCCAGGUACUCUGCCGUUUAACACCACGCCAUCACAAAGGAUGUCAACACUGCUGUCACGUGGAGCUGUGUCCCCAGCAGCACCAACCAUGCUGUCAUUGGCAGCCUUUCCCAUCAGGACACUGCCAACCACUCUUUUACCUGUGGUCACCUCUGCCGUGUUGCCAGCCAUGCCAGUGGAGGCUGCCUUCACCACUCUGUCACCAACCAAGCAAUCUAAGGCCUUUGUCACCACCCCACCACCAGCUGUUCUGCAGAAGGUCCUCAUCACCAGCCCAUCAACAAACAAUAAGCCCAAGACCUCCAUCACCACACCGUCAACAACUGUGCUGCCAAAGGCCUCCAUCACCACACCAUCAACAACCAGUGUGCCCAGGUCCUUCAUCACCACACCAUCAACAACUAUGCUGCCAAAAGCCUUCAUCACCACCUCAUCACCAGCUGUGCUGCCAGAGACCUCCAUCACCAUCUCAUCACCAGUGCUGCCAAAGGCCUCCACUGCCACACCAUCAUCAUCAGCUGAGAUGCCUAAGGCUUCCAUCACCACCCCCUCACCAGCUGUUUCAACUUCAGCCAUCGUAAGACUACAGUCUCCUGGGGCCAGCCACCCAGAACCUGUGCCACCCACUCUAGCUUCUGCCACCACACCGGUGCCAGCAAGCUCACUGGCAGUCACCACCAGACAAGAGCCUCCUGCUCUUUCAGUGCCCAGGGAGAGGCCAGCCACCACCCCACAGGGAACACCGGUAGCCUCCCUUGUCUCAGCUUCCUCCGUGGCACUCUGGCCAUUCCCCAGGACUGCUGCUCUGGGCACAGUCCCGCUGGCCUCACAUUCACCAUCGCACCAUGCUCCUGCAUCAGACAGGGAAUGGGGCCAUUCCACCAUGUGUGACUUGUCCACAGUUGGUGCCCAGCCCACCCCCACUGCCCCCCAACACGCUCCUGCCCCGGCAGGCACCGUCCUGCUCCCCACACCUCCUGUCCCCACACCAUCAGACUGCACGAGCCCCUGUCCAGCCUCCCCACCCCUGGCCCCCAGCGGUCAUCGUGGCUGGGGCUUGUCCCUGUGGACCAGCCCAUGGCAGUGCCAGGUGUCCCUGGCCCUGGGGCUGGCCGCGCUGGCACUGCAGGCAGCCUGCACACUGCUGGGGGGGGUGGUUGUCCUUCUCCUUCACCAGGACACCCGCCACCACCCCAGGCCACCUGUGAGGCUGCUGAGUCUUCAGGCCCUGGCUGCUCCGGGGACCCCCAAGCCAGCCCUGGCACUGCCUUGAGCUUUGCUGCCCCUGUAUGACCUGGGCUGUGCCAGCUGUCCUCCUUUGGGGUCUGCAGCCGUGCUGGCCGCAGGGUGCGCUGUCCCUGGGAUGGGGGUCCCGGCACCCAGGCCGAUCCCAAUGUAGCGGUCCCAGCACCCAGGCUGUUUUGGGAUGCUUUCCGGCUGACUCCUGGCGGUGCUGGGAGCCUGCAAGCCUCGCUGCCUGACGGCCCUUCUGCCAAGGGACACUAGAUGGCAUCCCGACACAGGCAGUGGCUGCCGCCGCCUGACCGCGGCCACCGAAACGCCGGAGCCCCCGCACCCGCCGGCCGGGACCCUGCCGCACCGCGGACACGGCCGCUCUUUGCUCGUAGGGUCAGGAGCCGCUACCCGAAUCUCCUCCCAUCCCUGGAAGGUGCCUGUAGUCCUUGGGGAAAGAUAUCGCAAGGCUUCCUGCCCCGAACCCAGUCUUCUUCCCUGUGCCACGCUAUGGGAUGUGUCAAUGUCUGUACCACCAUCAUACACAGACCUCUUCCCCUCUCCCUCUCCCUUUCCUCCUCCCUGAUAUUAAAGCCCCCCCUCCCUGCAUGUCUGA